AUGAUAGACAAAAUAGGCACAACUGAUGAAGAUGUCACCUGUGGCGCCUACGAGGAUUUUCCGCAAGAUGAGGAGCCAUCACUCACCUUCAUCCCUCAUCCUCUCCCACAGCUCACCAACGAGCCCCAAACCCUCCCAGACUCCUGUCUGAGCCUUUCCCUCCCUCUUCUCCGAGACCUGCACGCUCAGCUUCCGCCCUCACCGCACCUGACUCUCUCAAUAGGCAGCGGCACCGGCCUCGUCGAGGGGCUCCUGCACUCCCUUGCAUCGCCGUACGCGCUCAAUCUAGUCAGUGUCGAAAUCGCGCCCAGCCCGAACAGGUACCACGCAUCACACCGUACCGUCCCGGGCACCUGGGCGCUCGAUCUGCUCGCGAAGGAGGCGAAGGCGUGGAUGUUUGUGUAUCCGAAGCAGGUAUCGUUGGUGAGGGAGUACAUGGCGGCGUUUUCGAGGGAGGGGAGCGCGGAAACGGUGAUGUAUAUCGGACCGAGGAUGGACUGGGGUGAUUUCCGGGGCGCAUUUGAGGGGUUUGCGAGAGAAAUUGAGGUUUGGGGGGAGGAGAGGAUGGAGGCGGCUGGGGGGAGAGCGUGGGAGUGUGUUGCUAUUGUGAGGCCGGAGAAGGCUGGCGGGUCUGCUCCGAACUCGUGA